AUGUCUGUAUCGCCAGUGAUAGCACGAAAGCCAUCCUAUCAACCAUUCCAAUGUCUGAUAUGUCAGAGCCGUUUUACCAGACACGAGAACCUCAAACGACAUUCUGCGCUGCAUAAUCGCUCCCAAAAUGAAACUUCCCUCCCUUGCGACUUUUGCCACGCCACAUUUUCUCGGCCAGAUCUACGAAAUCGUCAUAUGAAGAGGAAGCAUCCAGAUCAAGAAGAUGCUCGGGUCACCAAGAGAACCCAAGGGGAUGUGCGCGCGCGGUCACGGGCUUCUCAGAAAGGCUCUUCUCCUAGGGAGAAUUCUGCUUCGCUAUCACCAACAGACAGCCAUAAUGACUUGCAGUCGCAUCAUUCUCAAGGAGACAACUUUGAAAUAAACGGCGGAAUUUGGAAUUCCGGCGUAUCAUAUGAACAGCGCCCUUCCGACUUCGGUCCUCAGCGAGACCAUGCAGAGAGCAGCCAUCGUGCAGCUACUGCUUCCUUGGCUCAACCAUUUCUCAGCGAUCCAACAUGUAUCAACCAGAUUGUUCAAGAGGCAACUGAUCUUGAGCAGAGCAUACUACUCGGCGCACCCUUCCUAAAACCUCCACACUCCUUCGGGCUACAACUUCACCAACCGGAACCCACCCAUUCGAUUGGCCCAAAUUUGGCAGGCAUCGAGUCCAGCCACAGCUCCCCAGACAGACUUUCAUCUCAUGAGCUACUGGAAGCACAGGGAGAUUGGCUUCCUUCUCUUCUCCAGAUCGAACGCGGAUGCGACCUUUUUUUCAGACACGUUUCACCAUACAUACCAUUCCUCCACCAGCCGACCUUUGAUCCCUCACAAACUGCCCCCUUCUUAAUAUUAAGCAUGCUUUCUCUCGCUUUUCAACACGGAGAAGAUCCAGAUUGUGGAAAUCAAUUAGGGUCAGGCGCUGCUUUGUCCGUAAAUUGCUUCCACCGCGCCCGAUUUCUCGCACUUUCCGGUGAUACAAGAUCGGAUAUGCCACCACAAGACAUUGCCAUGGUCCAAUCAUACCUACUCCUUCAAAUCUGCGCCAUGAUGUUUCUUUGCGGCAAAGACUCAGCUCACGGCCUGAAGAUGCACUCCAGCAUGAUUUCUCUCGCCCGAGCGGCAGGCCUUAUGCAGCCGAAUCCAGUCGAGCCUUCAACAGCCACCGAUCUCGACUCACUCUGGCGAGAAUUUGCCCGAGCCGAAUCACACAAACGAACCCUUUUCGCCGUCCACCAGAUCGAUGCCCUCUGGUAUCAAUUUCUAUCCAUCCCCCGUUCUAUAUCACACCUCGAAGUUAAGCACGACCUGCCCUGCCCCGAAGACCAGUGGAAAUCAGUCUCAUCCGCGGAGUGGGCUCACAGACAACUCGUCUCAAGAAAUUCCGGGCCCUCGGUACAAUACGCCGAUGCAGUUCGCCAAUUUCUAUCCGCGGACCCAGAACUCCGAGAUCUGCCCUCCUUUGAUCCAUACGGCGCCGUCAACAUCGCGCAAUUUCUCAUAUCCAGCGCCCGCGAGAUAUCAGGAUGGUCCACAAUGACAGGAAUGCUCAGCAUGGAGAGAUUCGGCGCAUUGAGAUCAUCACUUAUAGCGCUGGGCCCAUUCUGCACACGGGGGGAUCUCACCAACCUCGCCCUGUGCGAAGCAACCUGGCAAACCGCCAUGAUAGAGAUCCAGCUCUGGUCGCCCUCCCAUACGGGCGGUAUUGUGGAAGGAAGCAUCGAUGCCGUUCUGAGCCAGUCGACUUUUUUGUCACCCUCGGCGGAGUUCCUGUGCGAGCCUGACACUGCAAAGUCUGUUCAGCCCCACGUUGACUGGUUUCUUCGAUAUCUUGAGGCUGUUGUUGUGCCGGGGUCGGAAGCACCCUGGGUCGCGUUGUAUGCGUACAAAGCCUUCUUAAUAGCGUGGCAACUACUGCGAGGGGGUAUUCCAGGCGCGAUGGAAGUUGUGGGUGUUGCUGAUGGCGAUGAGAAUGGUGCGCUUGAGUGGGCUAGGAAGGUAUUUUUACGCAGACAGAGAUGGCAGUUGGGUAAGCUUAUUCUAGAAUGUGUGGAUGCAUUGGGGAAAUGA